AUGAGACCGCUACAAUGCCACUCUCGCUCUGAGGGGGCUACGUUCAGUGACUCUGGACUGUACCGCUGUGAGGUUGUAGUGGGAAUCAAUGACGAACAGGACACAGUGCCUUUGGAGGUCAAAGGCUCCCCCAUCGCCCUCAAGAGAGUGUGGGGAGACCAUGUGAAGAUGCAGAGGGUAAAAAUAAGCAAUGAGGUAUUGGGCACUCAACCCUCCUGUGGAAUAGACUGGGUUCCCAUGCUGAGAAAACCCAUUUGUCUCACGGUGAAUGCCCGCAGUGCUAAUGCUUCAAUUGCCACACAGGCUUCCAUCUCACAGGAAUCUCUGUCACUCUCCCAGACAAAGCCAGAGAAGAUAAAGGAGGCAUGUGUGGUAUUUCAUUACCGGGCUCCUCACGACCGCUAUGCUCUGUCCUUCGCCGACGCCAAAAGGGUAUGUGUGGAGAAUUCAGCAGUCAUUGCAUCCCCGGGCCAGCUGCAGGCUACCUUCGCUGACGGCUACGACAACUGCGAUGCUGGAUGGCUGUCCGACCAGACUGUGCGGUACCCCAUCCAAGCUCCUCGGCCUGGUUGCUAUGGUGAUCGCGAAGACUCACCUGGAGUCCGUAACUACGGCAAUAGGUCCCCCGAUGAGCUUUUUGAUGUCUACUGCUUCACCAAGCAGCUUCAAGGUGACGUGUUCCACUCCGUCGUCUCAGAGAAGCUGAGUUUGGCCACAGCCUCCACUCACUGCCAUUCCCUUGGAGCCCAGCUGGCUACUGUGGGACAGCUCUACCUGGCCUGGCAGGCCGGUCUGGACCAGUGCGACCCCGGUUGGCUGGCAGACGGCAGUGUCCGCUACCCCAUUAAUGUCCCACGGAAAAACUGUGGCGGGGAUGAGCCCGGUGUGCGGACCGUCUACAACAACCCCAACCGGACCGGCUUCCCCGACACCACGGCGCUGUUCGACGCCUACUGUUAUCGAGCCCACCAGCCAGCAGGGGUCCAGGCUGCAGAGGCACAGGCUUUGUACCAGGCCACCAAUCCAGCGGCAGAAACCACUUCAUCCGUCACUGAGUCCCAACAAAGUGCCUCUUCUUCCAAGACUUCAACCUGGACCGGCUUGGUCAACUUGGAAAAAGCAGAGGUUCAUUCUAUUGCAAGAAUCAACAACUCCUCUGAGAUCUCCGAAGAGCAUGUAGUCAUCCACCUGAGGCCAGAGCAAGGUUGGGAUGAGAAACAGGAUGUUCCCAGAAGUAGCCAAGAGGAAUUUGACAAGCCAGAGAGCACCAACACACUGGGCCUUUCUGAUCUCGAAAGCCUUGAGAGCCAUGGAGGUUCUGCCCACGAGGUAGAAGAUGGCAGCUACUUUGGAUCUGACAGCCCUGCGUUCUCAUCUGUAGCAUCUUCAACUCCCCAGCCUCAGAGCAGCAACAGUGUGUUGGCUGAGUUUGUCAACACUCUGAUGAAGCCUUUUAGGUACUGGACUGGAGGCAAGGAGGUAGAAGAGACAGAGAAAGAACCAUCAGAGCCUGAGGAAAAAGCAGGGGAGAACCAGACGCAGGUAGAAGAAUCUAGUAGAAAUCUGAGUGUACCGAAAGCCAGCACAAACAAGGGGAGCAUGGAUAAUGCCAUUGUGGACCAUAGAAGCAGCCCUUUUUCUUUCAAGCCUCUCAUGAGUGGACUACAGAAUCCAGAGGAAGGUCUGUCUGAGCAGGAGAAAGAGGUGAUGCCGCUUAUUAAAUUAAUGCCUGCAGUCCAAAACACAGGGCAAAGUGACAGCACCGCCCGGCCAGGAGAGCGAGCCUCCAGCGCUUCUGCCGACAGCCCAUCAUCUUCUACGAACGGUAUGAGCUCUCCAUUUAUGUGCAUUCACCAAUUCAUUGGUCCCAGCGAGCGAUCACGGCCCGCUGAACAUGUCAACAUAUCCAGCCCACAGGGUCCCAGGGGAGGCCCAGCUUUUGCUCUGGGCCCCAGCAGCCCAUUUCGGUGGGCCAUCAAGUCAAUGCGUAACUCCAAACGGGGUCCCCCUGGAAAUGCGGCUGAUGUUGGGAAGCGUCCCACUUGGAAGCCCAUGGAAGCCAAAGCAGGACCCCUUGAAAUGAUGACACUGCCAACCUCCCGUCGCCAGGACAACCCAGAAAACUACUCAGGUGAAGGAAAGGACCAGGAGGAGGAAGGGGCUAACGCUCCACCCCCUGCCUCAGGGGAGGAAAGAGACAUAGAGGGGAGUGGCGAAGGGAGAAACUUUCCAGGUGGGUUUGGAUUUAAGGUCAGCACUGACAAUUUGGCCCGCAGUGGUGUCAAACUUAGUCCAGAAACAGAGACAUCAGCCAGUGAAGGCCAGAGUGAGCAGAUGGCUGUGGCAGAACACACUACUCUGUCCCAGUGGCAGCUAGUGGAACAACCCAACACCCCGCCUCAGGGCUCCCAGGGGCCGCAGACAGCAGAGGAGGCAAGGGGAGAGAUCCUGUAUGUCCGCCGGCCCACUGAACUCCUCUCUGCCUCUUCACACAAAGGAGAAGGUGGUUCAAAUUCAGGCUUCGCUCCUGUUUUUAGGAAAAACCGUAAAGGUACAAGCCCAAACCCCCAGGCUGAAUCCAAGAUUGUGACUUCUACACCUGAAUCCUUGAUGAAAGUUCUCACAACUUCUGAUGCAACCAAAGCAGCACCUCUGACCACCACAGACACACAGAGCACAGACCCCACCACCACAGAAAACCCAUCUGAACACGUAUCCACCGAGGAGUCGUCGAUCUCCGUUUCUUGGGUUCGAUCAGAGGAGGAAAAAACCACAGCAGCGCCCAACCUGCAGGGCCGCCUCUCAGCCACUACAGGUGCCGUUCAGUUGACCACUGUGGCGUCAGAUUCCAGGUUUAGCGCCACAGAGAUGGAAUCCAGGUCUGCGGUGUCUGAGUCCUUCGUGGUUGGAAGUCGAUGGACACCUUUUAAAGGUGUGAGCCCAAAGGCGGAGGAGCAGAAAACCACAACAGACAGCAAAGAAAUCAACAACCCUUUUGGUUUUCUAGUCCCCAACUGGGCCUUUGGGCUGGUUCCAUCAGACAGCUCCAUACGGCCAGCCAGUGCAGUGAGAACCGGUCCCGGAGAUGCUGCAGGUGGAUAUGCCGGUCUUGGUUGUGUGUGGUCGACCAUGGCUUGGACGGUCUCUUAUUGUUCCAUUGGCUACAUAGCGCUGCUGAAGUCAGACCACCGUGAUAUGAUGAACAUUCAGAAUCCUGGUGACUUGUCUGGUGGUUCGUCCUGCCUCCAGAAGACCAACAGCCCCAUCUCGGUCCCAGUCGUGUUAUUUUUGUAG